AUGUGGAGGCUCAACUUCCGGGGCUCUCACGGCUCUGCUGAAGAGGAUACCUCCAGCAAAUGCCCAUGGAAGGGGCAUAGCGUCUCUGCAGACAAGGAUCCCAUAAAAUUGUCAAGGUUCAGUCAUGUACAGGUCUCACAUGAGUCCUUGGUGCACCACCAUGAGGAAGGGACGUGGUGGACGAAUAUUAUGCUGACAGUCCAGAGGCAGAGUCAGAGGAUGAGGGCUCCUUCUGGUCAACUAACCUCUAGUUACAUCCUGGAGAAGGUGGUGGAGGACCGUUGUAGUGACCGUUGGGCUCCUUUGGCCAGACCGAUUGAUGAUCGGGUGGAGAGUAUAAAUUUGGUGGGACAUCCGUUAUUCGAUCCCAUGGUUCUACGAUGCCCUUGGUCCUCUGAGUGUACCACACCUGGGCAUAUUGCGGAGUUCCUACAAUACCAGCUCUGGCACCCGUUGGAUAAGGAUGUCUGCAAUAAGCUGCGAGCAGAAUGCUCUUGA